ACUCCCACCACACCCACCACAAUAGCCUGGAUAAAGAGAUCAAAAGAGAGAACAGGGAAAUAGAAAGAUAGCCAGAGAAAGAGAUGAGCUUUGGAGUAGUUCCCGGGAGCAGUAAUCAAGCCCUCCAUGUAUGGCCGAACCACGUUCCCGCCACCAGAAUUGGCGGCGGCUAUCGGUGGCGAGUGGCCCCGAGGAGGAGGGAGGGGAGUUGGUCGGCGGGGCUCUCCUCCUCCUCCUUUAGGACCCGAGCGGCCGUGGAUGAGCGCGGAUUCGUGACGGCGAAGGGGAGCUUCUACGAGCUGCUUGGGAUCUCGGAGGGCGGGAGCUACGACGAGAUCAAGAAGGCGUACAAGCAGCUCGCAAGGAAGUACCACCCCGACGUCUCGCCGCCCGACCGGACGGAGGAGUACACCCGCCGCUUCAUCGAAGUCCAGGAGGCCUACGAGACUCUCUCCGAUCCCGGCCGAAGGGCGCUCUACGACCGCGAUUUAACUCGGGGGCUGCACCUCGCCUUCUCCACCAGGAAGCGAUUUGAUGAGGAAUUGGAGGAUAGGUCUGGUUGGAGGGACUGUUGGCAAGAUCAGAUUUCUGAGUUAAAGAGGAGGAGCAUGAACAAGGAUGUCGGGGAGAACCUAUCUUGGGGAGCCCAAAUGCGCAGGCAAAGAGCUGAAUCAUCAAUUGAAUAGGGUCAUUAUCAUAAUAUGCAUAUACCUACGCUGUCUAUUUUCCUUUUAAAGCUUGACUUUGGUGGUUAUUCACUAUGCCAAACAAGAUGUCUGCAUCCUUAUCAAUGGGGAGUUGUCAGCCUACACGCUCCUACUACUUGACAAGCUACUGGAGUCAUGCCCCAUUUCUUUUGUGGAUUCAGAAGGGAAAAGGAGAAAAAUAAAGCUUUUCAUUUUUAUCAACCCAUGCCGCCUUGAGUUAUAAACAUUCUCAAAGUUUUACUGUACAGAAAGAAUGAGUAAUGCUAUCAGCAUGAACCUGUUAAUUUUAAUUUCACCCUCCAGUGUAAAUGCUUUUCUCCUUUUAAAUAUGUAUAUAAGGGAGCUCUAUGUGCUGUUAUAACUGUGUUCUUUUAUUUAACAUUAUACUCUUAUGCAUGGGAAGCACUAUGCAGGAAUUAA